UUGCCACUGACUCAUCUGGCUCUGCAACCAACAACGGCAAGGUGCACCGGCCUCCCCGGACAACAAAUAUCCCAGCACCAACAUGGAGUACACGGCCGUCGCCGACAUCCCCGGAAUCGUGGACACUCUUCACGAGGCGUACCAGUCGGGGACCACGAGGUCGCUGGAAUGGCGAAGGAAGCAGCUCAAUGCCAUCCGUCGCAUGUGCCAGGAGAACGAGGACGCCAUGGUAGACGCAUUGAAGAAGGACCUCCGUCGGUGCUACAACACCGCGGUCACGUACGAGCUGUGGGACAUCAUUGCGCAGAUCGGCUACAUGGAGGACAACUUGGAGAAGAUGACCAAGAACGAGAAACUCCCUUCGCCGCUGGCGCUCAAGCCCCUGUCGUAUGAGGUAUGGAAGGAGCCUUUAGGGGUGGUGACGAUCAUUGCUCCGUGGAACUUCCCGUUCUCACUGCUCCUGAACCCCGUGGUGGGAGCCCUCGCGGCGGGGAACACGUGCGUGCUCAAGCCGUCGGAGGUAUCGUCCGCCUCCGGUCAGCUCAUUGCGGAGCUGGUGCCUAAGUACCUGGAGCCUACAGUGGCCAGAGUCGUGACCGGGGGGGUUGCUCAGACCACUGAGCUGUUGGCGCAGAAGGUCGACAGCAUCAUGUACACGGGCGGGGGCAAGGUGGCCAGGAUCGUCAUGGCCGCCGCCGCGAAAAACCUGACCCCGGUCACGCUAGAGCUUGGCGGCAAGUGCCCCACCUACGUCGAUGAGAGCGCUGAUUUACAGGUUGCCGCCAGGCGCAUCGCCUACUACAAGAAUGUCAACGCCGGUCAAGUGUGCAUUGCGCCGGACCACGUGUUGAUCCACCACAAGGUGCGCGACGCCUUUCUGGAGCACCUGAAGGUGGAGCACGCCAGGAUUUUUCCCGGUGAAGAGCAGGAAAGCGAGACCAAGGGCAGGAUCAUCAACACGGCGCACUUCGGCAGGCUGCAGGGCCUACUCGAGGGCCACGGCGGAGAGGUGGUGAUCGAAGGGGAGACCUCUGAGAAGGAUCUGUUCUUCGGUUUCACGGUCAUCACCGACCCUUCCCCGGACAGCCCGCUCAUGCAGGAAGAGAUUUUCGGGCCGGUGCUGCCCGUGAUGACGGUCAACUCGGUCGAGGAGGCCAUCGCCUUCUGCAGGCCCAGGCCCACGCCGCUGGCGGCCUACGUGUUCGAGCGGGACCCGGCCGUCAGGGAGAAGUGGCUCAAGGAGGUCGCCUCCGGGGGGGCUUGCGUCAAUGACUGCAUGGUUCAGAUCUUGUCCACCGAUGGAGGCUUCGGCGGCAAAGGCGAAAGCGGCAUGGGAUCUUCGAGAGGAAAGGCGUCCUUCGACACCUUCACGCACCGUAAGGUGGUCGCCUUGCAGUCUCCCAGCUUCGAUCCCUUGGCCAAGUACCCAAGCACCAAGCCGAUCCCGGCAGUGUUGAAGAUGAUGAUCACCCAGAGCUUUCCCGCGUGGAUCAAGCCCGUGUUCCGGGGAACGUUGGGAGCGGCCGCGGCGGUGCUCGCCCUGCUGGUGUCCAAGCACGUCAGCAUCAGCGUCAGCUUCCACUAGGAAGAGUCGAGAGACCCCGGACAUCAAGGUGGUGGUCGUGGUGAUGGUGGCACGUGGCCGUGAGCGUGUCGCGACGACCGCCGAAGAAGGCCCACCUCGACAAACCAAUGUUGUGCGUACGUAUGCUCGGUGCAUUCUUUUGUUUGAUUUUUGUUUGUGUUGGCGUAUAAUAUUUCGUUGUUUGAGCGUACGUUGUCUGUCGUCGAUCUUCGUCGUCCACUCGCUUUUUCUCGGUUGGGUUCCUGUGGGCCGUUUAUACAUAACAGCUAUUUUGCUUCCAAAUUCCCAAAUCCGUAGACCGUUGAACCUCGAUUUCGCGUCCGAGGACAUGGCUGUUUUGGAAAUUUGGAAAUGGAUGGCAACGACAAUUUUGGAACGGGUUGGUUGCUUGGAAAUCUGCGAAAAAAGUUGGAAGUUGGAACAUUGGGAUAUGGAAGCCGAACAGACGUGCAGAAAACGGUUCUAUUGGCGGAAAUGUGUAUCCUCACACCUGUUUCAGCACGGUUUGCUCGCUCAGCAUCUACGCGUGGGUCUGUUCUUGCCCAAUCUUAGCAUCCGAAGGGAACCAGCGCUCUCGGCCUCCAUCUCACAUUUUUUUUUCUUGUUUCGGUGUCGAUGUAUGGUGCUCCUGGCACACUUCAGUAUGCGGGGUCUCCCCGGGUAAGGCCUUGCGUUGUCUAGCUGCAACCAACCGCCAAGAGAAGCCGACAACAGUUUCUCGAUUAUGUGAUGCGUGUGCGCGGAUGGCUUUCGUUUCGGCUGUUGAAGGUUUACAUGUCUGGUUGCUUCACUCAGAUUUCAGGUCGGAGGGAUGGACGCCACUUUCCUUUCUGGGAGGGUUCUCGUGCAUCUGUUUGCCUCUCUCUUCCCCCGAUUACCGUCGUCGCUGCACGUUACUGCAGAGGUUGUGAUUUCUUAUGCCGUGCAUUCGUGUCUAACUUUGGGUUUAUCUAUGGGAUUUUCAUGUUGUUGUCUGCCUUUGGCCACAUAGUAAUCGCUUCUUGGCCUGUAAGACUAGAGGUGGUGCUGGUUCAGAACCAAGUCUGUUACCUAGGCAAAAGCAUUGGCAUGUAUUUUGUGUUUUUAGGGUUUGAACUCAAAGACACCGCAGGGAGGUGCGCAUCUCCAACGCUGUAUCCGCAGGCGUUCCACGCAGGCAACGGUCACAGAUAUGCGGCGGGGUAUAUCAUCACCGGACAGACUGUGAUGCUCGGUGAAGAGGCAGCAUCCCGAGAUGAGAUGUGUACAGAAGUGAACAGUGUGAGGCGUGCGAGGGCACCCCCUCGUAUCCCUCUCGGACGAAAGUCACGGUCAACGAUCCGAGGAAGCUUCGUGCAAGACGGCUUUCGGUGCCUCGUAACGUUGCACCUUUCCUCGCGGCUCGGAGCGUUGGCGACAUCGAUAUCCUCCGAGGAGAACGAUUGACAUGUUUUCUCUUUGUGUGGCUUUGGUCAAAGCGAGAACGGAGACGUUUGUAUGACCUUGGCCUGCAGCAUGUCCACGUUAAUUUGUUUCUUGGUCUCGAAGAGUACUGGUGUGCCUGAUAGAGGUCAGACGACGUCGGACACGUGGUAGACACUAGCAGUGACAUGCAUUCCUUUGGAGUGACUUUGGUCAAGCGCGGAUAGGGAUACGGCCUCCUGGAGCGUACUUGUUUCCCCCAAAAUCGUAGCAUCAAGGCUGCCACCCGUUUGAGGAGGGCGUUGUGCGUGACCAUGGUACAUGGAAGUCCCAGAAGCGGGAUUCCGUAGGUUGCACGACGCGUGCGUGAGGCAUAGACUGAUACUUAGUCAACGGCAUAUCUAUAUACCCCACCGGGUGGGAUAAAUAGUCUCAGGUCUUGAACAAGACUUCAAUCGACACGGGGCUAUCAUGGGAGGUAUCGUGAAGCCUUUCUACUUAA